UGAAAAGAUGCUGCAUCCUGAUGAUGUGGAGAUUCACAAAGCUGUUUUCAAUAACGCACCAGCAUUCUACCACAGCAGCGUCUUCACGUGGAAACUCUUCUUUGAUGACAAAGCCUCUUUCUCCCCCGUUGUGCACAACAUCAGAGAACAUUAGAUCCUCUGCCAUCAAUGGAGUGAGCAAAGGUGGUGGAUUCUGUACAUCCAGUGGGGGAAAAGUAUCAGCGUCUGAUACUUCUAUCACAAACGCAAAGUCUCUAUUGAAUGAAAGUGUUAUGUUUGAGGACACAAAUGAACAAAAAGAAGAAACCUUUCCACCACAGAACGGUGGAUUUCAGACGGCCAGUGGCAAAGGAGUUGCCAUUUCAUCUGCAGCCCUGAAGAAAGCAAAAUCGUUGUUCAGUGAAUGUGAAGGAGUUGAGGAUAAAACCGGUACACCAACACAUUCCAGGAUGGCAGUUCCUGCUCCAGCACCCAGGAACAGUAGAUUUCUUGCAGCCAGUGGUAAGCCGGUGGCAUUUUCAUUCGAGGCCCUCGAGAAGGCGAAGGCUCUCUUCAGUGACGUCAGUUUCAGUGCAGAGAUCCCAGCUGUUUCAGACACAAGGAACAGUGAUGAGAAACGAGGCAAUGCUGACAAUACAGAGAAAAUACAUUGUGGUUUCACAACUGCAGGGGGAGCAAAAGUCCACGUGUCACAGACAAAUCUGUUGAAAGCAAAACGCCUCUUGACAGAAUCUGCUGAUGGGGAAUGUCAUUCAAAUUCAACAAGCCCGCAUUACACCAAUAAGUCAGAUCUAUCAAAAGUGAAAGAUGUGAAAAGAACUUGUAAUCUCACCACAGCCAGUGAUGACAUGCCUACUAAGUUUACAGCCCCUCAGGUAGUUAAAUCUUUAACCUCGUUGCAAAAGACUGACCAUGAAGAUGAAACUUUCCAACAUCCAAGUGUACCUGCUUGCAAAGACAUGGCACAUGGAGAUGCAUUUAAGUUAAAAGAAGGCACAAUUAGCCCAGCAGGGGUGGGCAACCUCCAUGAUGGCCCUGGAGAGGAAAAGUCAAGUGUGUUGGACUAUGAAAUAAAUCGGACAAAUAGCAGCAAGGGAUCUAAGGUCAAAAGGCCGGAAGAGUUUUCAGUUCUAAACUUUCAGUCACUUAACCUAAGUGGCUGCACUGAAACCCAGCAGAAGUUCUUUGCCCAGGAAGCUCUUGACUGCACUAAAGCUUUGUUAGAUGAUGAAAGUCUUUCAAUGACUUUAGUAAAUGAGCCACUGCAAGAAAACCCAGAAUCCAGCUUCAGAUCUGUAGAGAAACGAAAAGGAACAGGGAAAAGAUCAGUAGAGGACCCAGAUAUGACUGGUCAGCCUCCCCUGAAAAGACGAUUACUGGAAGAAUUUGACAGAACUGUUGAUGGUGCAAGAGGUUUAACACUCCACCCAGACAAAAGUUGUCCCAAUGGUGUAAUGAAAGACAGGAGGGUUUUCAAGUACAGCGUCUCUCUCCAUCCAAACAUCACAAGGCCACACGGAAAUGGAAAAAACUCUGUGGAAACCAGAUUGCAAAAGAUUACAUCAGAACAACCCUCGACCGCAGGAGUCAGCAGAUCAGCUCAUUCCAAGAUGCCAACGUUUGUUCCUCCAUUCCUCAAGAAUGCGAAGACGGAGAGUCGCAAGACCUCAGUGCUCAAGGACAACUCAGGAACAUCUUUUGUAUUUGUUCCUCCAUUCAAGAAACAAAGAACUAUUGUCCAAGAGAGUUCCUCUAAACCACAGGAGGAGGAGGAUAAACACCACCGUCUCUUUGUAACGCCUUUAAACAGCAACACUUAUGUACCACCCACUAAAAAAACACAGAGCACUACAGAUGUAACUGCAAAUGCAAACAAAGAAGACAUUCAGAUGGUGGCCUUGGCUGGCACUACAAAUGAUAUGUUGAUGAAUAUUCAAAACCUUCCUGUUGGCUGUGGAUCAGAGGACUCUGCUGCACAGGCAUCACAUGUGGAGGACACGUCGUCCGGAAGCCCAGACAUAUUUCAGAAUCUUCAUAACGUAGAGCUGGCACGAGAUGUGCAAGAUAUGAGGAUCGGGAAAAAGAAACGCCAGACCAUUCGACCUUUGCCGGGAAGUUUGUUUCUGACCAAAACUUCAGGGGUGUCGAGGAUCCCUUUAAAAGCUGCAGUAAAUGGAAAACCUCCUGCAAGAUACACACAAAAACAGCUGUAUGGUCAUGGAGUUCAUCAGCAUGUGUAUGACAUCACCAGUGAGACGGCAGAAUCUUUUCGCUUCAAUUUACAGCAGUUCAUCAGACGGGAAGCAUUUAUAGACGGAGGUGGUGUGCAGCUCGCUGAUGGAGGAUGGCUAAUCCCCAGGAAGGAUGGGACUGCAGGGAAAGAAGAGUUUCAUAGAGCAUUAUGUGACACGCCAGGUGUGGAUCCGAAACUGAUCAGUGAGGGCUGGGUGUACAAUUACUACCGAUGGAUUGUGUGGAAGCAGGCGUCCAUGGAAAGAUCAUUUCCAGAGACAAUGGGCAGCCUCUGUCUCACCCCAGAGCAGGUUCUCCUACAACUGAAGUACAGAUAUGAUGUAGAGGUGGACCACAGCCACAGGCCGGCUCUGAGAAAGAUCAUGGAAAAGGACGACACGUCAGCCAAAACCCUGGUCCUCUGUGUUUGCGGGGUCGUCUCCAGGGGUCACUCCCCAAAUAGACAAAGUUUCGGUGACACCAAGACUCCACAAGGUGCUGAUGCCAAGGUUGAAAACCCAUCUGCAGUUGUGUGGCUGACAGAUGGAUGGCAUGCAAUUAAAGCCCAGCUGGAUGAACCUUUGACUGCCAUGCUUCACAAAGGUCGAGUGGCUGUUGGUGGGAAGUUGAUCAUCCAUGGGGCUCAGCUGGUGGGAUCACAAGAGGCUUGCUCCCCUCUGGAGGCCCCAGAAUCUCUCAUGUUAAAGAUUUGCGCUAAUAGCAGCAGAGCCACACGAUGGGAUACUAAGCUGGGAUUUCACAGGGAUCCACGGCCAUUCCUGCUUCCUGUUUCCUGUUUGUACAGCAACGGAGGACCGGUAGGCUGCGUGGACAUCAUCAUCCUGAGGAGCUACCCCAUACAGUGGAUGGAGCGGAAACCAGAUGGAGGCGUCGUGUUCCGUUCUGUUCGUGCAGAAGAGAAGGAGGCGAGACGAUACAACAGCCAGAAACAAAAAGCUAUGGAGAUCCUAUUUGCCCAGAUUCAAACAACAUGUGAAAAGGAGGACAAAGCUAAUAACAAACCUCAACGUAGAAGACAGACAAUCAGUCGUCAGGGUGUUGCAAGUCUUCAAGAUGGAGAGGAGCUCUUUGAAGCAGUGGGGGAUGACCCAGCCUACCUCGAGGCUCAUUUGAGUGAACAGCAGUUGGAGACUCUACGUACCUACAGGUGUAGUCUGAUGGAGAAGAGGCAGGCUGAACUGCAGGAUCGCUACCGACGAGCUUUAGAAAAUGCGGAGGAGAGCGACGGUAGCUGUCCCAAGCGAGACGUUACACCUGUGUGGAGACUCUGCAUUGCCGACUCCAUGGAUCAACCAGGCAGUGUUUACCAGCUCAACUUCUGGCGACCUUCUUCGGAUCUUCAGUCUUUACUGAAGGAAGGCUGUCGAUACAAAAUCUAUAAUCUCACCACUUCAGAUGGAAAGAAGCAUGUUGGGAGCACAACUGUUCAGCUGACGGGGACAAAGAAAACACAGUUUCAGGACCUGCAGGUUUCUCAAGAAUGGCUAUCAACACAUUUUCAACCGAGGGUCUCUACCCAUUUUGUGGAUCUUCAAAACCCAGAAUUCCAGCCGCUGUGUGGAGAAGUUGAUCUCGCAGGAUAUGUCAUCAGUAUCGUAGAUGGACAGGGUUUCUCUCCAGCAUUUUAUCUGACGGAUGGGAAACGGAACUUUGUUAAAGUGCGCUGUUUCAGCAGCUUCGCUCAGUCUGGCUUGGCAGAUUUUGUUAAACCACGUGUCCUGUUGUCUCUGAGCAACCUGCAGCUGAGAGGUCAGUCCACAUCUCCCUCUCCUGUUGUGUACGCUGGAGAUCUGACCGUCUUCUCAACAAACCCCAGGGAAGCUCAUCUGCAGGAAUCCCUCAGCCAACUCAGAAAACUGGUCCAGGGUCAGGAGAACUUCUUUCAUAUUGCUGAAGAGAAUCUUUCAUACUUAGUUAAAUCUGAUGGUCUGAGGUCCGUCUCCUCUGCAGCUCUGCAAACACGAACCUCAGCUUUCACACCGGUCAGAGGACAAGACACAAAAACAAAUGUGACAUCUCAGCAGCUAGUCAGAAGUGUUGGAUCCUUCACACCUGUCUGCAGGAAGCCUCCUGCAGCAAACUGUUCUACGGAGAAAGACCCCAACAGCCUGAAGAGGAGGAGAGCUCUGGACUAUCUGUCUCGCAUCCCAUCUCCCCCUCCUCUCUCCGAAAUGGGCUCAGUGGCUUCUCCAUGUGUAAAAAAGACAUUCAACCCUCCUCGGAGGUCUGGGACUGGGACACCUAGCACUUUAAAAACUGUACAGACUCCAGCUCACAAACCUGUCAAUUCACCAGUGGAGGAUGAAUGGGUGAAUGAUGAGGAACUGGCUAUGAUUGAUACUCAGGCAUUGCAUGUUGGUGAUUUACUGUAGGUAUAUAUCAUAACACUGUAUGAUGACCAUCACACUAAUACUUUUAAAUAAAACUUUAACU